AUGGAAGCUGAACGGAUCACCUGCCAAUACGGCCCGAAGCGGUUCAACUCGGCGAGCGCGCACAGGUCGCACGAGUCGCGACACCUGAGCAAAAUUAGCGGUCGCUAUCGGUGCAGCGAUUGCGGCAAGUGUUUCGUGCAGAAAUCUUCCCUGGUGACGCACGCGCGCAGCCACACGGGAGAGCGUCCCUACCUCUGCGUGGUGUGCGGAGCCGACAUCGCCGACAUCUCCUGCUACAACAAGCACAUGCUCCCACACACCGGCGACCGACCGUACACCUGCUUCGGCUGCGCCAAGGCGUUCACCCAGUCCGGCAACCUGUACCGGCACAUGCGCACUUGCGCUCAAGUCAGAAAUAUGACCCCAAAUAUUGCGUGA